ACGAUCGCAUGCACGGUUGAUUGAUCAGGGAUGUUGAUGUGGCACCAACAUGCGAAAAAUCUGCCAGCAGCGGAAGUUUUAUUGAACUCUUUCAGACAACUGCCAUUCGCAGCCGAGUGUAGCCCCGAUCACCGACCGCGAGUUCUCGCUGUAAAUCCCGCUAGCUUCAGAGGCUUGAGGCUUGGAGUUGGAACAGCACAGCACAUCAUCAGUUAUUCAUGGAAGUAGGAACCCCGCCUCAUUUGUUCAUGGAACUCCAUUUGGAUUUGAUAUUGAGAUUAUGGACAGAUUGUUUAUAAACAUGGAUUUAAGUCUUCCUAAAAUCUACCGAGAUUCCGGGAUUCCUCAACCAUGUUGAGCUAGCAGCAUUCUCAGCUACAGUGGACACAUUACUGGUAUGUGUUAACCAAGAGUACAUUGGAUAAAUCCUGUUGGAGUUAUUUAUCAAGCCUUGAUAAAUGAAGCAGAAUCAAUAGACUCACACAGCCAGAGAGAAGGAAAAUUGUACAAUCACCAUGGAAAUCUAUGUGAUAUCAGCAUUAAUAUUGUCUGUACUUAUGUGCACGGUUGAUGCACUAACAGUUGACUUUUCAAACUACAAGCCAAAAUAUACUACUCAUCCCAUGCUGUAUUUUAACAAGCGAGACAUUCCAGACCUCAUCGCUAAAGCCAGCACAACUCACGAACAUAUAUCAAAGGUCAUUGAUGAAGCUGUUACCAUGUUGAUGGGGAAUCCUAAGAGAUUCUUACCCCCUACUGACUAUGCAAAGUUUGGAGGAUUAUGGAACGAGUAUUAUGGCAAUAAUCUUCCUCCACUAGCAUUGUAUACUUUACUUCAUCCAGAAGAUAAAAAGGCUAAGAUAUUUUUGUUGAAUUACAUGGAUUUGAUGGCUGGACAUCCUAAAUGGCAAGUUAUUGCUGCAGCUACUGAUGAAGUUCCUGUGGCCCAUUCACUGACUGGCUUCUCUACUGCAUUUGACUGGAUGUACAACACAUUGGAUAGCAAACGCCAGAAGCUAUAUCUACAGCGUAUAUUCAAUGAGACCAAAGACUUUGCACGGUAUAUAAAGAUUCGCUCCUGGGGACAUUUUUACCUGCAGAAUCACGUCGCGACGAAUCUUCUGGCAUUCUUACACGGAGCUCUCGUGGUGCAUGCUCAUCUUGAAGAAGCCAAAACAUGGGUAGAAACAGCGGUUUAUAAGUUGGAACAGAAUAUGAAGCUUUUCAAUCACCUUAUAGAUGGAUCAUCAGAUGAAGGGGUGCCCUAUGGAUCAUAUACAUCGAGAUCAAUGAUGCAAUAUAUUUUUCUUGCUUUAAGACACUUCAGGAUUGAUCACACUAAGGACAUCUGGGUGAAGGAGCAUUUCUGGUUUUAUUAUCACACUGUGAAACCACAGUUCCAGAGAACCCUUAGUGUUGCUGAUUCUAACCACAAUUGGUUUUAUGGGCCAGAGAGCCAGGUCGUGUUCCUUGAUGCUUAUGUGAUGAAGAAUGGUUGGGGCAAUUGGUUGGCGAGGGAGAUUCGGAAUGCCCGUCCUGAUCCAUUGGCAGACACAGAAAAGCUUAAAUCCGCUGAUUCCCAGAGAUGGUGCACAUUACAUACUGAGUACAUCUGGUAUGAUGCUACUAUUCCAGCUGUCCCUCCACCCUCUAGUGGGACACCUACCAUGCAUUUAUUUUCUGAUUGGGGAGUAGUGACAUACAGCAGUACAGAUCCCAAGAAUCCAAAUGACACAUUUUUGUCAUUUAAGUCUGGUGCACUCAUGGGAGCUGCUAUGAGUGAUGUGGUUAAAAGAAACAUGUACAAAUCUUGGCCUUUGAAUGGAUGGAAUAGCUUCAAUCCAGGGCACGAACAUCCAGAUCAGAAUACUUUUGAGUUUGUGCCCAAUGGACAUCUGUUUGUAACUGAUGGGCUUUAUUCUUCCAAGAUGUCACAUUACAAUAAUAUUCUUUCAUUCGCACCGUCCCCGACCAGCCACUGCCAAGAACCAUGGGAGGGACAACUUGGAGAAUGUGCUAAAUGGCUCGACUGGAAGAAUCCGGACUUGGUUGAGUACCAUGGUGACCUCAUCACUACUGCAACCUCUAAUGAUUUUGUAUUCAUUGCCGGUGAAGCAGUGACUGCAUACAAUCCAUCGAUGAAACUAGAAUCUGUUUAUAGAUCUCUGACUCUCUUGAAUCCAAACCUGCUCUUGGUGUUUGAUCAUGUGGAAGCUAGCGAAACAUCACCUCUGACCCAUUUGGCAGCAUACUUUCGCAAUGUACAAUACAGUUUUGAGCUUGACAAGCUAUCUGGAUUACUUCAGGGUGCGAGUAUAACAAUGGAUGGAGAAAAGUAUAGUAUGUAUUGGAUUAGUUCAGAUGGAAGAAGUACAGUAGCUGCUGUCCAAGAAGAGAAACCAUCUCAGUAUCAGGCACGUCCUACAAGCUUUGUAAAUAUGACCUUCAAGCUAUCACCUCGUAUAACAAGGCUUGCCUACAUUCUCUGCGGCCCAUCCAUCAAGUUGAAAAAUCUGCAGUUCCUGGAAAGCAUCGAAGAUGGAGUCACCAUGUUUGUUGGGACUUCGGAUGAAGACUACCAGAUAAUGGUCAGCACCAAGCAUUCAGAUCCUGUUGCUCGUCUAAGAUACCUCAAGUAUCCUGGUCAUGCGACAGUUCAAAGGUUGAGUAAUCCAUCAGAAAUAGUGAAGUUUGGUGUUUCAAAAUCCUACUUUACAGAGGAUCCCCCUAAAUUGGAAGGUCGUCCUAUUGAAUGGAUCUUAUUGUUUGCCUUCAUUAUAUCGGCUCUUGGCUUUUUCUGGUUCGGCAAGAAAACAAGAUUGAGGCCAAGGAGUAGAAUAAAUUCCAUUGGCAUGGGCCUCUGCUUUGUGUGGGUAGUUAUAUGGGUUAGCUAUAUUAACAACUGUGCAUUGUUCGGUUGUGAUACUGAUGAGGACACUGAGAACUCUGCCCGAUCAUCUGGACCUCAACCACCGCUCAACACAUUGAACAAGAAUAUGCUUCCCUCAGUCGUGAUCACGUCGCUGCCAGGGUCAGGUGCAGAGAUUAUCAGCUGGCUAUUUCACGAGAACCCUGACUUUGUUUACAUGGUGGCUCCCUCCAGUUACGCCCGCCUUCCUAGAGGUGAUGGCAUUGAAGUCAAUCCUAUCACAGAUGCUUGCGAAUGGAAUGAUAGUGAGUCCCUUCAUUCUGUUAAGCUGAAGCAGUGGGUACAGGAUAUUCGAUGGAGUCCAGAGUUGUUUGUGUCUUCUAUAACAGACAAGAAUCCUCAAUUAGAUGUGCAUUUCACCCAGGAAAUGAUCCAAGCUAAAAAGAUCGGACGUCGUCUCCUUGCUGUACAAGAGCAAUCAAAGGGCGAGGAAUUCAAUGACAUCAUAUAUAAGACCUUCUCCCCCGACAGUGUGCGAAAAAAUCUUGAAAAGUACCCAAAUGCCCAGGGGGCCCUCUUUUUCAAAAGUGGUGGAUGGGCUCUCAAGCUUCCCUGGAUCAACAGUGUUCUCAAGAACACCCUCCAUUCCAUUCAUUUUGUGCGCGAUCCUAGAGCAUUUGUGGCCAAUUAUCUGCGGAAAUCUGAGGAAUUGUACAAAGCCAUGGAUGUCCAGUUACAUAUCAAGGAACUGUUUUCCCAGUCAGAAAAAUCUUGUGUAAACGAUGGACAGUAUGCCUGGGAGUUUGAAAAGCUACGGGCAGAAUACAGAACCAACAAGAACUCUGCUCUGCGUCUGUUGUCCGCUCUCUGGGCGGCUCACACUGGAGCCAUGUUGCGGAAAACAUCAGAUUUACCAAUUGGUGCCUUAUUGAUGGUGAAGGUGGAAGACCUUGUACUAGAGUCAGAGAGAACAGCUGAAGAUAUUCACAAACAUAUAGGUAUUCCACUGCGGCCCACCACCCUCCAGAAGCUAAUCCAAGCUGCCAAAAGCAGUGUCUACAAAGUCCCUUAUGAGCUGGCUUUCUCAGAGCGUUCCAUCGAUAUAUGGCGUCGGGAGCUAAAUACAGAGCAGAUCACAGAGAUUGAGCAGAUCUGUGGGCCAGUCAUGUCGCAGCUCGGCUACAUCAGAGAAACAAAGUCCAUGCCCGUGAACGAAAACUAGUCCGAAGAUGUAAGCAGAUUGAUGCAUUUCAUUCUGUACUAAUCAAAGUUUGAGGUGGAGGUAAGAAUAGCACAAAUCAUUAUGAGAGUACUCUUGUCCAAGUCCACUCCGGUGUAUGGCAAAGAAAUAGAAAACAAUUUUUUUCUGGUGAGUGAACCAGGUUUUUUGUGUUGUAGUGCGCAUGAAACCUGUAGAAUAGUGCAAAUUGUGAUAAUUGCAAAAUUUUAAAAGUUUAACUUGCAAUUGUGACAGAAUUAUUAGCCAGCCCAUAUUUUACAUGUAUUUUGCACUUGAUAGCAUAUUCUAAAAAGUGAUGAGAUAUUUUUAUUUAUAGAUAAUGUAUAGAUUUCAAACAUAAAUAAAUAUGUUUUGUAGUGUGAGAACUUUAAAUCAGUGAUUAUUUACAUCUUCUAUUCUGAUGUGUCUUAACAUCUAUAAUUUAUGAAAUUUAAUGAUGAAAUACAUGGAACACAUUUUUGUUUUUACAUGAAUGAUGAAACACAAAAUUCAUUCAAGACACAAACUUUACAUGUAUGUACAGUGUCCAUGAAUUCAAAGAUGUUACAAAGUGAACUUUCACUUCAUUAUUUGUAUAAAAUACAUUACAAGUCAGGGGCAGUGGAAUGAUUUCAAAAGUGGAGAAGGGGGGGGGGGCUGAUCAUGCAAAAAAUCAUCUGAUGGAAAUUUUCACGUUUUCUACAUGGUUUUGGAAAAAGUGUGGGGACUUCAGCCCCCACAGCCCUACCGGUUUCCCGGCCCCUGCAAGUGAUGUUUUAUGUACAUGUAUGUCUCCCAGGGAACACUAUUAAGUAAUGAUUGAGCAAAAGCCCAGUUUUGCAUGACCUCAUUUGGAAAAUCGUAAUCAAAUGCAAGUCUUAUGCAUAUCUAUUUAAGCAAGCCCAACAUGUACGUGUAGAUCUUCUAGUAGUGAGAUUGCUUGUUUACAAUUUAUGUGUUUGCCAGUUUUUGUGCUUGAUGCUAAAGGCAUGGUCACACCGCCCGAGCGUUGUUGGAGCGGUCGUGGAGCGGAGAGAAAAAAAAUCAUCACCGCUCGC